AUGGCUCUCUUGGGAGUGCAUAGGGAUGAGGAAACACAUCCAGGAGCUCUCGUGCAGGCAGGCUGUCAAGGUAUCAGUGGCCCUGGCUUGAGCUUCGCCAACGGCCAAGCGAUGCCGCACCUGCCGUCUGCUUCCUACCCUGAAAGCCUCGCGGCUCACCGCUGGAUCGCCAUCAAGCAGGAGGAGCUCGGCUUCAUGCCUCUCGAUAGCUCCUCCAAUGCGUACGCCGCCUCUGCUACCCCAGCGACCAAGCACGAGAGCAUGGUGCAUGAGCAGAUGCAGGGCGCCGACGACUCCUCGCCCGUGGCUGGGGAGGACAUGGAGACAGAGGGAUGCAGCGACGACGGCAGCAGUCAGGAGCAGCGAUCCGGAGACAGAUCGGGGCAGGACGGGUCGAGCAGCCCAGGUGAGUCGAGCAGCCAGGGUGAGUCGAGCAGCCAGGACGGCUCGAGCAGUCAAGCCCAGGACCUGGAUCCGUCCUCGGACGAGUACAGCACGAGCUGCAAUCCAGCAGGAGCGUCAUCAUCGGACGGCUCGCAGAAGCCCUCUCACCGCAAGCCCGGCCAUGCAGGGGCGAAGGGCUCGACAGGGUCUUCGUCGUCAGGGAGCCCGGACUGGAUCCAGCAGAUGAGCCCGAGCGCCAUCUCGGACUACAUGAGGAACGGGCUGUCGAGCUCAGACGAGGACUCGCAGAUGGCGCUAGACAGUCAGAAAUGA